CUUCAGUUCUUCUUUUUUCUCUGUUCUGUAGAAGAAGAAGUGAAGUUUUGUUUGAACAUUACCAUCUACCAAUUUCAAGGUGUGCAGAAUUUAGUAGCAAAUGGCCGCCUUUAAAGCGUUCUUGAAUAGCCCAGUGGGUCCUAAAACAACUCAUUUUUGGGGUCCUAUUGCCAAUUGGGGAUUUGUUGCAGCUGGGUUAGUUGAUAUGCAAAAACCCCCAGAACUGAUAUCUGGCAACAUGACUGGAGCAAUGUGUGUCUAUUCGGGGUUGUUCAUGAGGUUCGCAUGGAUGGUACAGCCACGAAACUAUCUACUUCUGGCAUGCCAUGCCUCAAAUGAGACUGUCCAGCUUUAUCAAUUCUCACGAUGGGCUAAAGCGCAAGGGUACUUGGAGGGCAAAAAAGAUGAAGCUAAAAAACCAGAGGAAGCAAAAAAACCAGAGUGAUUUGAACUAGAUCGACCAGUUCUUGCUUGAAUUUGAUAUAAUGUUCUCAUUUUAUUCUGCCGGUUGUGUUUAAGCUUUUCUCGAGUACAACUAGUAAUGUUGAAGUUGACCUUGUAUGCUUGUUAAUUAAUUUGCUCAGCAAAAGAUUCGCAGCUGAGCAGACUCUUCUCCCGCUCUUUUGAUCUUCUGGAUUUUCUUGACAUUUACCAGCUCCAUCUAAAUAAAUUGUCCAUACUACCAACAAAGCUGUGAAAUGACCUUUUUUUUGUGCCUGCAAAUGCAAAACACCAAUUUGUAUUUGACAGGGAAGAAAAGAAAUGUGCUAAAAGAGCAUAUAAGUUUUGUUUGUA